AUGCAUGCGCUGAAGCCCGAGGUAACUUGGCUCCUCUCCCUCCGUCGGGGUGGUACACGCCUUCGUGCCGCUGACGCGCCGCUCCUCGCCCUCCUGCGCCGCGCUUACCUUUGUCUCCUCUCUGCGCUUCUCGCGGCGAAGGCGAUCCUGGGGCUGGAGUAUCCGCCCUCCCUUGCGGUGCCUGUGUCUCCUUCGUUCUUUGCUCCGCCUUCGACUUCUUUCUCUCUGAUUCCCUCCGGCGGUCCGGGGGGCGACGUGAGUGAGGAAGCGUCCUCGCUGGCCGGUCGACUGUCUUUCCAAGGAGCUGCUGGCUCCUUGGCCCACCUUCAUUCCUCCGCUCUUCUCGCCUCAUCGUCGUCGUCGCCCUCAUCGUCCUUGUCGUCGUCUUCCCCUGCUGUCUCCUUCGCAGGGCUCCACGUCCCUUCGGCCGCGUCUUCGUCAAACGUUCUGCCUUUGGUGGAGUUUGCCUCUGGGGCUCGAUCCCCUCCGCCUCCGUCUGCCUCUUCAUCCGUCUCCUCUCCUUUGCCUGCUUCCUCCUCUUCUUUUGAAGGCGGCGCCUCGCGUCGACUCGCUGCGCCGUCGGAUGGGCCUGCGACGCUUCGCGACUCAGGAGACAAGAACGCAACCUCUGAGCUGCCUCCGUCUGACUCCCAGCUGGACAUCGGGGCUGCGCUUGUCUCACGAGGCGCCAACGCAGAGGCGAAUGCAUUGUCUCAGGAUUUAGCUCCCUCGCCGCCGUCGCCUUCAGUGCCUUCGACCUCCUCUUCCUCAGAGUCGACGGCGGCCGCAGGCUCUGUGGUGGCAAGUGCCGAGAAGGCGGAAGCAGACGUGCGCGAGGCUUUUUUGGGGAACUCCGGAGAUGAUAGACCCGAAUUUGUAGAGGGCACGCGAUGCGACGAGACGGCAUCGGAGAGCUGCCGAGAGACAGACGCAUUCCGCGAGGAGAAGACGCGCCCGACGGAGGGGACAGGGCCCGCGGGAAGAGCCGAAUUUCCGCCGGACGCCAACGAGGCCGGCGCUGCGGUGACUGACCGCAGAGAACAGGCAGCAGAUACGCGACCAGCUAUCGGGAAGGAGGAAGGCGAAAGACCGGACGCGCAGGAAGGACGCGAGAGUCCUGCAGCGAAGCGGGAUGGUGUGGAGGAGCGAGUCAAGCAAGUAGAGAUUUCAGAAACGCGGAUCGGAGCGGGAAAUGCUGGGGAGAAAAACGCUCUCGAGGAGACGCCACCAUACGCAGGAUGGCGCCGCGAGAAUGACGACAAUCCGGAAGAGUCACGCGCCGGGAGGACGAAACUGUGGAGCUACUCAGCAGGUGAGGUUCGUCGGGGGGAAGGCGGAGGGGCGAACGUGACCGGAGCUCGCAUCUCGGAUGUCCCUGGAGAAGGCAAGAUGGCGGCGCAACCUGAAGACUUCGAAGCUGAGGAGGAGACUGCAGCAGGGCCCCGAAGAAACCUCGUUGAGGGAAACGACGAGGAGACUGAGGCGCAGGGCAGGGGCGAGCAAGACACGAGGAGAGACGGCCUGAGAUCAGCCUCGGUCAUCGAAGCUCUUGACGACUUGCAGAUAGUUGAGACCAUGAAACAGGAGAGGACGCAUGCGGGCGCGGAGCCGGCUAGCCGUGAACAGAAGGCAGGGGACAAGAAGAAGAAGACGCGGACGUUCAAGGGAGAGAGCGGGGACAGCAGCAGGUCUCUGUUGGGUUUCUUCGGGCUGAGUGAGAAAGGUUUGUCGAGCUUGGUUCCUUCCUUUCUCUCGUCGCUCUUUGCGUUUUCUCUCCCUCCGCAUCCCUUCCUCGCGUGGCUUCUGUACGUGCACCCCGACAGCAGGCACCACGCCGCGGUUGCCACGACCACGUCUGGCAAGGAGGCGCUUUUGGAAGAAGAGGAGGAGGUCGUGCUCUCUGGCGAUGCCGCUGAAGAUGAUAAUGAAAUGCUGUCUCGAAAGGGCCGCGGACGGGACGCCUUUGUCCCGCAGGGCGAAGGGCUCGCGCAGCUUCACCCGCGAGACGGCCAGGAGGCUCCACGCGCGGAGGCGGGCGCGGCUCGAGGCGGCUCAGGAGUCGAGGCGGCGGGGACGGGAGAUUUCGUGAGCCUGCAAGAGGGGCGAGGGAGCGAGACGAGGAGCAGCAUCCCACCUUGGGGCCUCCAUUUUGCGGAGACGUUUGAAGGCGAAAUGAUUUGUUUCCAGUGGAACGUCUUCAACGGCGCUUUUUCGCUGGCACUUGCCUAUAUCUGCUCGCCUCUCUACCGUCACGCAGGCUUUGCAGGCCCGUCCCACGCGAGCCCUAGCCACGGAUUCGCGCCUUCCGCGGGACUCGCGCCGCUCUCUUCUGCCUCUUCCCCCUCGCCGCCGUCUCUGUGCCUCGCGGGACGCGCGGCGUGUCCGCCUUCGUCUUCGCCGCUUUCUCGUCUGGGCUACGGCAUAUCGGUGGCGUUCUCCUGGCUUCUCCAGCGCGUGUUCCGCGCGGGCGAAUGCGGCUGGUCGCAGCUUCUCAAGCGCGUGUUUGCAAUCCACUACGCGCCCUCGCUGCCCCCUUCGUUGCUUCCGCUCUCUUCCCUGUCUUCGUACUACUUCGAUCACCCCAGCGCACAUCAGACCUUUUCCGGCGAAGGAAACAGGAUGCUCGGAGGCGAUGCGGCGAGUGCGUCCGCGUCGGCUGACGGAUUCUCGUCUUCGUUUCACCCGUCUUCUGGAAGUGGCGCCGGGGGCGCACGCCCGUCAAGCUUCUUCGCACAUGGCGAGUCGUUCUCUUCUUCGUUUUCUUCUUCUUCGUCUCUGCAUAGAGGCGUGAGCGCCUCACAAAGUUUUCCGGUUUCUACUUUCGCUUCGUUUGAAACCGUUCCUGCUACCCACAGCCACGACUUCUUCCCGUCUGUUCACGAGGGCGGGCCGUCGCCGAUAGAGGCCGGCCUGGUCUCGGUAGGCGGAGGCAGGCGAGGGUCGCGCGGAGAGCGAGGGAAAGGCAGAGGCCGCGAAUUCUUGUCGGCGUUCGCGGGGGCAGGAGGACCGGGAGGUGCCGGAAACGAAGGCGUAGGAAGCCUGCCGCUCAGGUCAACGUGGCGAUUCGCCUGUCUUUCCGCUCAGGCACUGCAGUCCUCGUCAGCCGUCUUACAGUCUUUCGGAUGUACGUAUACGUCGCCUGCCUCGACGACCGUUGGAUGGAUGCUCGCCACCCUGAGCAUGGCGAGUUCUUUCCUGCAUCCGAUGCUCUCUCUCUUCAGCAACUGCAUCUCUGCAGCGUACGACGUGUACGCACUAGUCUGGUGA